AUGAUUGUGGACUUCAGGAAGAGCACUGUCCCCCCACCCCCACCCUCCGUGAUGGACUCCCCCAUCACCUCUGUGGAGUCCUUCCGUUUCCUGGGCACCACCAUCACCCAGGACCUCAAGUGGGAGCCGACCAUCAGCUCCCUCAUCAAGAAGGCCCAGCAGAGGAUGUACUUCCUGCGGCAGCUCAGGAAAGCCAAGCUGCCUGCACAGAUGUUGGUGCAGUUCUACACGGCCAUCAUCGAGUCCAUCCUCACCUCCUCCGUUGUGGACACAUUAUCCAGGCUCUCCUACACAAGCAUCGCACAACAAUCAGGAGUCAGGCCGUUUCCAACAGAGGACAGUGUUCAAGACGAAGACAUCUACAACCAUCUAGAAGAUCUCAUCGAUGAAAAGGUGGAGGAUGAAGAGGACCUGUAUGACUGUGUUUUUGACGAUGAAGAUGGAGGAGAGAUUUAUGAAGAUUUGAUGAAAACAGAAGCCAUUGCUCCUCCGACGUGUCAAAAGCAGUCCGACAUCAGGAGCUGCUGUUUGACUGAGAUCAAACAGACAGAGGAGAAAUACACUGAAACGCUGGAGUCCAUAGAGAAGUACUUUAUGUCGCCACUCACCGUAUUCUUAUCCACGAGUGAGACUGAGAAGGUGUUCGUGAAUAUUCCAGACCUGGUCAAGAUUCAUAAAAGUUUUCUGCUUGAAAUCCAAGACUCCAUGUUACACAGAAGUGCCCAAAACCUUUACCAGAUAUUUAUCACAUUCAAAGAGAGGUUAUUGAUCUAUGGGAAGUACUGCAGCCAGGUGGAGACGGCCAUUGCUGCUCUGGACGACAUCUGCAGAGACAGAGAGGACGUGCGCAUGAAGCUGGAGGAAUGUUCAAAAAGAGCCAACUACGGCAAGUUUACUCUGCGAGAUCUCCUGGUUGUCCCUAUGCAGCGGGUUUUGAAGUACCAUUUACUCCUCCAGGAGCUGGUGAAACACACUCAUGACUCUUUGGAUAAGAUGAAUCUACGCAAGGCUCUGGACGCAAUGAAGGACUUGGCUCAGUACGUGAACGAGGUGAAGCGAGACAACGAGACGCUCCGUGAGAUAGAUCAGUAUCAGAAAUCCAUCGAAAAUCUGAACCAGCCUCUGAAGAACUACGGCCGGCCCAAAGGAGAUGGGGAAGUGCGCGUGGCGUCUGUGGACAAGCGGGCCAAACAGGAUCGGCACAUCUUUCUAUUUGAUGCUGCUGUUAUUGUGUGCAAACGCCGUGGAGAUAAUUACGAGAUGAAGGAAGUAAUCGAUCUGCACCUCUUCAAAAUAACCAACAACCCCACAUCGGACAAAGAGAGCCGCAAGUGGUCCUACGGAUUCUACCUCACGCACAACCAGGGACAAAGCGGAUUUGAGUUUUUCUUCAAGACCAAGGAGCUGAAGAAGAAGUGGCUGGAGCGGUUUGGCAUGGCUAUGUGA